UUGCUCAACAGGAUUGGAAGGUUUUAGCUAAUAUUUAACCGACACAAUGCCCAGAAAGAAGGAGAGAAAAAGCGGCGAAAACAAGGAAAAACUCAACUCCGCAAGUGUCACAACUAAAGCUGGUUUCGACGAAAAAGAAAAGAGAUUAUAUCUGAUUCAAAUCAGAUAUUUGAACGAGGAGCUAGAAAGGUUUCAAAUUAAAUGUGAUGAACUUCAGAAGCAGAACAACAUCCUAAUCUCCCAGUGUGUGGACAAGAAGGACAUCACAGCGUACGUGAAGCACUCCCUUUCAGAGAAGGAGGGGGAGCUGGCCGAGCUGCGGGAGCGGCUGGACGGAGAGCGUCACACCUCCGUCCAGGAAAAGCGUUCCCUGCAGCUGGAGCAGGGCCAGCUCAGGCAGGAGCUGCAGGCCCAAAUCGAUAAGCUGGAGGAAAAAAACGCGGCGCUCGCGGGGAAACUUUGUGAUCUGGAAGAAUUUCAGAGGCAGAAGGACGUGUUGAUGACCAACAUGGAGAAUCUGGAGAAGGAGCUCGAACGUCAGAAAGAAGAACACAAAGAUGAGAUCCGCAACCUGGAAAUGAAGGCGCAGCUGGAGAAGAGGAGGUUAGAAGAGGAGUUGGAGGGAGAAGUGGCGGCCAUGUCUGCGCAGGUCCAGCAUCUGGUGGAGCAGAAGCUCCCUGAGGCGACCCGGUCCGUUCUGCAGGAGAACUCGGAGCUGCAGAGCCUCCUGGGCCAGCUGUCGGUGGUGAGCCGCUCCCUGCAACGGGAAAACGCGGCGCUGAGGGAGAGGAAGAAGCAGCUCAGCAUCGACACGGACAUCCUGGAGGAAACGCUGCGGCGCGCGGCGCGGGCCAGCUGCCUGCGUCAGAAGGACGUACAGCAGCUCACAGGAGAGCUGCAGCGGCUGCAGCAGGACGACAGGGAGAAGCGGCAGCAGCUGGAGCGGAUUCAGGCGGAGCAGGCUGGAGUCCUGGCUGACAUGGAGGCACUCAGACUGGACCGGGCCGCUCUGUCUGCAGAGUGGAGCCGGCGCCGAUCGGAGAGGAAUCAGCUUCAGGUGAAGCUGGCAGAGGAGAGGAAGAGGAGGAGCAGGAUGAAGAGCAUCCUGCAGGAGGCGGCCAACACUCUCCGACAGGCCCUGAAGGAGGCUCCAGCAGAGCAGCAGGAGGUGGACGGCGCCCCCCAGUGGAGGCGGCUGCUGCAGAACCUGCAGGAGGUUCUGGACAGACAAACUGGAAGCUGUUCCUCUGCAGAGAGGCUGAGCGGGUCGCCACGAGCAGAAAGUCGGAGUUUCCAGUCCCAGCCGUCCCGUCACAGAACCCACGAUUCCUGCCUGGUUUCCCGACCCGGACCGAAACCCAGAGGCGCCCUCUGCAGGUCGGGAGCUGCAUCGUGCAGCAGCCUCCUUCCUUUGCACAGGAGGCCCACCAUUCAGAAGAGCUCCAGCUCUGUGAACUUUUCUCAUUCAUCUGUGGGAUUUCCGACGUCCAAACCGUCCAACAGCCAAAACUUUCUUCAAAUAAAUCCGAAAAACACAAGAAAAGAUUUAAUCAUAACAGAAAAAUAUAUUUAAACAGAGAUCGCUCCCUCUGUUGAGAUUCAGACCUACAUCUGUAGGAUUUAUUUAGUGAAAAUAUUUCUGUACAAAGUGAUUUUCUUAAACGUGUUUUAGAGGGCUGCUCUUCUCCAAAACGUCUUAAAUUCACCCAUUGAGAGCAUUUAAUCAUAAUUUGGUUUCAUAAUAAUUUCUUUGAAUUUUUGUUUAUGCUGGAAUGAUUUAUAACAUCUGAUACCAAAAGUAAAUUAAUUUAAUGUUUUUAGCUGAAUCAUGUAGGGAAACUAAUGAAAUGUUAUGGAUAUUACAUAGUAUGCAACAUUAAUAAGAUUAUUGAUAUAUAUCAAUUCACUGAUCAUCAAUAGAUAAAAGUUUUAUCUAUCGAUCACAUUUUAAUGGCAAUUUAUAUUGCUAUUGAUUUAUUAUCCAGCACCAAGAUUAGCCUUUAAAAUAAGUAAACUUCAUACAUCAAACUAAUUACCUGAACAUAUUUUCAAACAGAUUUUAGUUCCAGUUUUUAGAUGAAAAGUUUAUCUUGUAAAUCAUUUGUAAUAAAGAACUUUAAAA